UCGAGAGUAAUGUUAGAGAACGGAGGAGUGAAGACACUGCGUAUCGCUCACACAACAGCCAUUGCCGAGCAUUAAAAGCCCAGCCACAGUCGUUCGAUAUUGUUUGGCUUCAGGUGUUUUCCACGCCAGGAUGAGGAAAGAUCCGACAAAGCCCAGGGGCAAGAUGUCCUCCUACGCCUACUUUGUGCAGACAUGCCGGGAGGAGCACAAGAAGAAGCAUCCCGACGCCUCGGUCAACUUUUCCGAGUUCUCCAAGAAGUGCUCCGAGAGAUGGAAGACCAUGUCCAACAAGGACAAGGGCAAGUUUGAGGACCUGGCCAAGCAGGAUAAGGCUCGUUACGAGCAUGAGAUGAUGAGCUACGUGCCGGCCCACGGAGGAAAGAAUAAGAAGUUCAAGGACCCCAACGCUCCAAAGAGGCCCCCGUCUGCCUUCUUCAUCUUCUGCUCCGAGUACCGUCCCAAGGUGAAGGGCGAGACUCCGGGCUUGACCAUCGGGGACGUGGCCAAGAAGCUUGGGGAGAUGUGGAACGGAACCUCGGCCGAAAACAAGGUGCCCUUCGAGAAGAAAGCGGCCAAGCUGAAGGAGAAGUACAAGAAGGACGUGGCAGCGUACCGCACCAAGGGCAAGGCGGGCGGUGGCGGUGCCCCGGCGGCCAAAGCGGCGGCCAAGGCAGCAAAGGACGAUGACGACGACGACGACGACGAGGAUGAGGAUGACGACGAGGAUGAGGAUGAUGAGGACGACGACGAGUAAUCGGUCCAUCCCGGUCGGUCCCGGUCAUGCGGCGAUGGUGAUGUUGUUGUUUGUAAAGCAUUUAAGACGCCCCGUGUACACACUUACAAAAGCAAAUCCAUUUAGUCGCAUCUGAGGGGCGGAGGGUUGGACGGUGGUGUUAAAAAAAAAAAUGCAGAAAAAGGCUGUGUAUAUCACUUGUUUUUAUGCUGUACAGUUUGUUUCUCCUUUUUGUAUAGUUAACACUACACACGUCUGGUGUCCAUGUCCUCCUCCUCUUACAGUAUUUAGCCUAGAUGUGCACAGCACAUAAAAAAAAAAACCAUUAGAUCUUAUGAGUGUCUCUCUGUUUUUCUGUUUUCAUUUUAUCGCUGUUGAACGUAUCACUUUUAUUGAUCUUUACGUACCACUGUCCUAGCAACAUGAGAAGAAAUGAUUUAAAAAAAAAAAAAAAAAAAAAAGCCUCGUUUAUUGUUGAAAGUUUAAAUUGCUUCUGAUGUCAAUAAACAUUUUUUGUAAUA